CGCGAGGAGUUCCGAGUGCAUUUGCGGAGCACUCGGGCGACAUCAUGCCGAAGUUUAAUCAUGUAACACGUGACUAUUUUGACCAAUUAACAUGCAUUUAUGCUGCGGAGGAUAAACUAAUGUAAACGGGGACACCAAAAUCGAUUAGAUGGUUCAGGGAAAUAUGGCCAGGAUAGGAAAGUUGGUUUUCUUACUGUAUGUCAUCAUGACCUCUGCAGCAAAGGUUACAUUCAAAAUGGCUGGGAUUGUUAGCACAGAUGAAAAUGGACGCACAUUUGAAGAAGUUGUGAAGAGAGCUAAUCAGGAUUUGCCAGAGAAUCUGGAGUUUGAGGCUCUUUACAUUAAGAUGGAUGCUAAUCCAAUACGGUCUGCUCUAAACUUGUGCAGUGAGGUGAUAUCUAAGGGAGUUCAUACAGUGGUUGUUAGUAAACCAGAGAAUUCUGACAACAGUCCUCCUAUUUCUGUGUCUUAUACAUGUGGUUUCUACUCCAUCCCAGUUAUUGGAAUAUCAGCACGAGACAGUUCAUUCUCAGACAUGACUGUCCACAAGACUUUCCUUCGCACAGUACCACCAUACUUCCAUCAGGCUGAUGUUUGGUUGAAGAUGCUGCAAUACUUCGAGUGGAAUCAGGUCGUGUUUAUCCACAGUAUGGACAUAGAAGGUCGCAUGAUUCUGAACCGGUUCCAGUCAAAUUCUGAUGAAAUUUCUAUUGAAAAAGUAAUAAAGUACCCAUCAGGCUCUAAAGACUACACAUCCUACCUACAGCAGUUGGACAGUCUUCAGUCCAGGGUAAUCCUGUUGUCAGCUAUGCAGGAGGAUGCUGAUCAAAUUUUCCAGGAUGCUGAAGCAUUGAAUUUGACAGGAGAAGGAUAUGCAUGGAUUGUCAGUGAGCAGGCUUUAAAUUCUUCUUAUGUCCCUGAAGGGACCCUUGGAUUGAAGUUAGCACAUGGAACCAAUGAGAAGGAUCACCUACAGGACUGUGUCAGUCUAGUAGUACAGACUGUUAAGACUCUUGUCAAUGGGACACUGAAGGAGAUAACAGGCACUCCAAGUAGCUGUAAAACCACAUCUUCCACUUGGCGGGCUGGAAAUACCAUUCAGAAGGCUUUGCUGAAUGCUAAGUUGCAAAAAGGCAAAACUGGACAAAUUGCAUUUGAUUCCUCAGGAGAUCGCCUCAAUCCAGAGUACUACUUCCAGAAUGUUCAAUGGAAAAAUGGAAGAAAGAGUGUUGAAAAAAUUGGUUUCUAUGGUGAUCCAAAGAUAAUUAAUAAUGCAUUAGAAAUAUACGAGUCCAAAAUAGUUUGGCCAGGCAAAAAGACCACAAAGCCCAGUGGAAUUAACAUAUCAACGGAAUUAAAGAUCGUGACUUUGGAGUCUGUGCCAUUUGUGUACACAAGGAAAAUGACUGAGAGUGACUCCUGUAACUGGGAUAAAAAUGAGAGGUUAUGUCCCUUGGUAAAUGAAACAACAGGCAUCAAAGAGGACUAUUGUUGCUGGGGUUAUUGUAUAGACAUGCUGAUACAGAUAGCAGACAUGGUCAACUUUACAUACUCAAUUCACUUGGGUUCUAGUGGAGAGUUUGGAUCUUACAAAAAGGUAAAUAACACCGGUGAGAAGAAAUGGAAUGGUGUUAUAGCAGAGCUAAUCAGUAAAGAGGCAGACAUGAUUGUUGCUCCACUGACUAUUAACCCUGAGAGAGCAGGUCAUAUAGAUUUCUCAAAGCCAUUCAAAUACCAAGGCCUGACUAUUCUUGUCAAAAAGACUGCCACUGAGUCCAAGUUGGACUCAUUCCUGCAGCCAUUUGAAGACACACUGUGGAUUUUGGUGGCUUUAUCUGUACAUGUCGUUGCUCUGGUUCUGUACCUCCUAGACAGAUUCAGCCCCUUUGGAAGAUUUAAGCUAGCUAAAAAUAAUGACACUGAGGAAGAUGCCUUGAACUUGUCAAGUGCCAUGUGGUUUGCUUGGGGAGUACUACUAAACAGUGGUAUAGGAGAAGGAACUCCUAGAAGUUUCAGUGCAAGAGUUCUUGGUAUGGUGUGGGCUGGCUUUGCAAUGAUCAUUGUGGCAUCCUACACAGCAAAUUUGGCAGCCUUCCUAGUGUUGGACAGACCAGAGGCCUCCAUUACAGGAAUUGAUGAUGCCAGGCUGAGGAACCCUAAUGAAGACUUUAAGUAUGCCACCGUGAGGAACAGUGCAGUGGAGAUGUACUUCAAACGUCAGGUGGAACUAUCUACGAUGUAUCGCCAAAUGGAGCCACGCAAUUAUAAGACUGCUGAUGAAGCUAUCAGGGACAUUGGCAGCAUGAAGUUACAGGCAUUUAUCUGGGACUCAUCUCGUCUGGAGUAUGAAGCAGGCCAGAACUGUGAACUUAUUACAGUAGGGGAUUUAUUUGGGCGGUCAGGUCUGGGAGUAGGGCUGCAAAAGAAGAGUCCAUGGACCUCUAAAAUCUCCAUGGCCAUUCUCAAACUUCAUGAAAAGGGAAAUAUGGAGGAUUUAGACAACAAGUGGAUUUUGGAGGGUAGAAAUGAUUGUCCAGAGAAAGACACCACCCCUGCCACACUGGGUCUGACCAACAUGGCAAGUGUUUUUCUGAUGGUUGCUGGGGGCAUCAUUGUUGGCAUUAUUUUGAUUGUGAUUGAGAUUGCAUACAAGAGACACAGAGGACUGAAGGAUAAGGAAUUGGAGCUGGCGCGGAACGCUGCAGACCGCUGGAGGGGUAACAUUGAAAAAAGAAAACUGUUGAGAGAAACAUGGCAAUAUAUCAAACUAAUGAAAGACAGAGAGGAAAGGGCAGAGGAAACAAAGAGACUGUGACCAGAAUGUGGACAUGGUUUAAGUCAUGUUCAUGGGGACUUGGAAAUUAUUGAACCAAUAGACCACAGCUGCAACAAUUUUCAUCAAGGAAUCUGAAAGAAGGAAGACACAGGAAAACUUUAUAUAGAAAAAUAUGAAUAUGAAAUUUGUUGAAAUAAUUAUGUAGUGCAGAGUCAAUUAUACUAAGUAAUUUAUUAUAGAUAACAUUUAUACUUUAGAAAUCACAAAUUAUCUUGAAGUUCAUGGCAACAUUUUAACCAUAGUAUUGAAUAUAUAGGUAAUCAGGAUCCAUGUUGAUCAUGAUAUUCCACUGGCACUUAUUAAAAACAUAGGCCUUAUUUACGUUUCACAAAACUAGUAACAAUGAGAACUGAAGGCCUACAUGUAUAUAAAUUCUCCACUCUUGAACCCACAGAGGUCACAAUCAUGAUCUAUAAGAGUUUCUUAAAUAUUUUCCAUGGUCACUUCCCACUUCUCUUGACUUGGCUUUUCAAAUUUUUACUGCUCUGAGAUUAAAACUUGUCCUUCUAAGAUGGUUUCUGUGUUUAUUUAUAUUUCCAUGGUUUUGGUUUGUCAAAAUCUAUGCAGAAAAAACCCAUUGACAUUUGGAUAAAUAAACGGACCAGGAUAGUUGUGAUAAGACCUGUCGUCGCACAAACCUGUCAAACUGAGAGAGAAAGAAAAAGUUCCUUUGGUAAUGUAAAAACGAAAAUAUUUUCUAGCCUUUAUAAAUUGUAAAACAUCUUUGAAUAUGUUUUUCAAAGUCUCAGAUAUAGAUAUAUGCAUGAGUACAGAAAAUUGCUCUUUGAUGCUACGAUACAAAUAUCCUGAUAAUGAAAAGCACAACCUCAUUUUGGUGGUGAUUUGAAGCCCAUUCAGAUUGAUAUGUGCAGAUUGAGCAUUUACAGUUUGAACGGAUUCUCAUGAACUUUUGUUCUUCGAUCUACAACUCAGUGGACUGUUUUGUGAAAUACUUUCAUUUUCUGAUUUAGGAUAACAUUCUGGACAAUGUGGGUCCAUCUCCUGAAUAAUUUAAGGUAGAUCUUUCAUAUUUUGUAUAUAUAUAUUUCUAAUUGCAAGUCGACCUUCCAUUUCAUACCAUGAUCUUUGACUUUGGAGUAUGACCUACUUUUAAAAAAAUCUGACCUAUUCAAAUAUUUCCUGAACUAUUUAAUGUAGAUCUUUCAUAUUUUGAAUAUAUAGAUUUCUUAUGGCAAGACGUUGUAUUUCAAACUAAGAUCUAUGUCACCUUGACGUUCUCCCAAAACAGCAAGGUCAUGUUAGUCCAUUUUUUUUAUUUGUAUACAUGUCAGACAAUUAAUUUGACUGGAAGUGCAUCGAAGGGAAACGCCAUGGCUACAUGUAAUUGUGUUAAGAAUAAGACUACCUUUGUCAUCGCAGUUCGAGUAGUUUAAAGGGUCUAUAUCUUUGAUAUUUGUUGUAUAGCUUUUUUGACAUGCAGUAAAGUUAAAAUUUACAAUAAAGCUUCCUGAUUAAAGUAGAUUAAAGUUUGUUGGAAUCACGGCCUCCAGGAGUAGGGUUUGACCACCAUAGGGAAUUAAAGUUUUACAUAUGGAUAUAUGGAAAUCUUCUCAAGAACAACAGGACCAUGAUUAGUCAUGUUAACAUGCAAGCAUCUGUAGGUAGAGGAGAUUCAAGUCUUUUUUAUCUCACCUGAGCUGAAAGCUCAAGUGAGCUUUUCUGAUCGCCUGUCAGGGCUCGAAAUUAGUGAGAAAUACUUGCAAAAUGUGAGUGCAUUUGAAAAAUAGCGAGUAAAAAUAGUGGACACUUGAAAAUCUUAGCGAGUAGUGAUUUACAAACCAUGAUCGUAUCCAUUUUAUAUGGUGAUGCACAAUUCGCUUUUCUUAAACUUGCACUCAGAAUCAUACAAACGCUUACAUGAACGACCAAUUUCAACAACCGUUUCUAUCCAUAUUUUUCUUUUAUAAUUCUUAAAGAAACUCAAAGUCAAAUGAAUGUUUUAAAGGUUGGACAUCGAUGGAAAAUAUAGACAUAUGCCAUGAGUCCUGUUCAUUUAUAGGGAUGAUUAAAUUGAAUUCCAAGUA